AUGUCCCAGGGAAUGUACCGUACAGGACCACCCGUCCCGGCAGACAUCAUCACCUACCGACAUAACUUCAAGCUAGUCUAUGUCAAACCAGCAGAGACUUACGACAAAGCCCUCGACAUCGCCCAGCAAGAGUACGAAGAACUUUCCAGCGUCCCCCGACAUCGAAUAGGGUUCUCCGUCACCUCGACUUUUAAUGGCCAACGCCAGCCAGUGAGAAUCUCCGAGAGCGCGUGGUCGAGCGCCGUCGGGAGGCUACUGAGAGGAGAAGUCAUCGACAUAAUCAUUCGGGCGGACCCAGACGGCAAGCAUUCCCCACCGCCCCAAUACCUCGAGGUCCCCUCCCUGGAUUCCAGGCCACUCGAGUCUCGAAGCAAGGCCAGGUGCAACUCGGGAAAGCCAAGGCCGUCAAAGUCGAACCCUGGCUCUCGGUCAACGUCUCCCUCUCCCAAUGAGAAAGAAAAAUCUCGGAGAUCGUGGUUCUCGUAA